AUGCCAGCUCAAGUGGCAAUAGUCGCCAUUCUCUACGCGAUGCUAGCAUUUUCGACCUGUCAUGGCGCCGAUGCUUUGCACAAGGUUCCCAGGCUCCGUGGCGUCGAUGGUAUCGAACAAAGCGGUAUCUCCCCAAGAUCGCGCUGUAGCAAUGCCAUAGAGCUAGGCGAUACGCCGCUUGUUCUUAACGAAGACGCUCUCAAUACCCUUCUACCAACAGAUUGGUCUCCAGCACGGCCUGUCGUCUCGAAUGCUUCAAACUCUUCCACCACAGCAUCUUUUGGAGGAAUGACCGACCUAGCAGCGUUCCUCAAAAAACGCACGAUGCCACCAGUUCGCUAUAAGCAUAACGCAUAUCCUUACAGUGCUAUUGGGACACUUGUUUCUUCAGAAGGAAUGUUAGUUGGCCGGCGGCUAGUGCUUACUACACCAUUAUGUAUACCGCAGAAUGGCCCAAGCCCUAUCGUCGGGUUUUAUCCAUUUACUGAGGGUGACGCAGUGAACGAAUGUAACCCUUAUCAGUAUUAUGACGGUCCUCCAAAGUCGAGCAAAGCGGACCGCAUUCGAAAGAGUGCAUUCGCAAUCGUUAUCCUUACAGAAAACCUUGGGGAUAGGCUGGGCUAUCUGGACGUCCAAACCCCAGACGCAGCUCAGGCUCAUCUUAACGGAGCCUCGUUUGCCACUUGCGGGCCUCGAUUUAUGGGUCUUGACCCAUACGAUCGAGAAUUGUAUUGCGGUCAAGACGUGAAAGUCCUCAAGUACGGCGGUUCUGGAUGUGGCGGGAUUCUCGAUGACGGGCCCGUGUUCACUGACGCCGAUAUGACGUUCGGCACUGGGAUCAUAGAACCGGCUUGGUCAGGCUCAAGCCUGUUCGUUACUCAGGGUCCUCAGGGCCUUAAUGAGACUGGAUAUACGGCCACUCUAGGGGUUAUGGGGAACCCUUACCAAUUCAGUCUUGAAAAUGGAAGCAUCGUCAUGACUAGUAUCUUUGCAUUUGGGCAGAAGUUGGUCCACACUGUGCAGAAGCUCAGGGCAAUUUAUGGCUGA